UUCUGGUUACUAGAUAUGGUUUUACAAAAAAAAUACAUAUAUGACAAAGUAGCAAAGUGAAGGCAUAUUUGGGGACAAUCACAGCUCGGACACCAGAAGCAAUGCAACAUUCCUUCUGCACACACACACAGACACACACACACACACAUUUUCCUCUAUCACUGACACACUCAUGCAGCCACACAUUCUUCAGCCAUCCCGAUGAUGCUUGUCACUUCUAAAAAUAGUUUUCCGUUGACUGAGGUUUAUUUAUGUUUCACUGAAUCAGUGUCCAAAAAUGCUUUUAAAGCCCUAUGAACUCACACGGUGACCUCUGAGCUGGUGCAAAAAUAUGUGGAAAAGAAAACACAAAGACUGUAAGAUGACCAGAAUAAUACCAUUCAUCCAGACUCAAACAGACUAGCCUACAUCAUUGUCAAGGACUGUACUGCAGCUGACUUUCAUGGUACUCCUGUAGUUUAUCAGCUGUGUGAUUUGUUAGGACGUUACCACAGGGUAGUCGACUAUUCCAAGGAAAUUGAAUGUUUUGUGUUUUGUAAACAGUGUCCUCCCCGGCUGUCUCUAACCAGGAUCUUCAGGUGAUGUGGAUCAGUGAGCUGUGACAUCAUUCAGACUGGCAUUUUAAUUACUGUGGUGGCUCAAUGUUAUCAGAUGGUUUUCAUCCAGGUAAAGGACAUUAAUCCAAACAUUCGAGCUGGAUUAUCUUCAGUGAAGAUUGAGGACACAUUUAAAACAGCUGCACUCUGAGAAUGUAACGCCUCCACUUCUCCAGCAAGUUUAUUGCGCGACUAAGGAGAUCUGAACUUCCAGAGUGUUCCCCGUUCCUCUCCAUAACCGCUGGACUCUAUUGCAGGGAUGCCUGCCAAAACGCCCAUCUACCUGAAAUCCAACUACAGUAAGAAGGGAAAGAAAUGCCGUCUGAGGGACAUUUUAUCCCCGGAUAUGAUCAGCCCGCCUCUUGGGGACUUUCGACACACUAUCCACAUUGGAAAGGGCGGCGAGUGCGAUGCCUUCGGUGACAUGUCGUUCCUGCAAGGAAAUUUUGAACUUCUACCGGGGAAAGGUGGUCGUGUUCGACCUCAAUAUGGCAUUCACGGGGAGUUCACAAGAGCUAAUAGCGCCUCCGAUGCGUCUUGCGUCGAAACUCCAUCGCCGGUCCUGAAGAACGCUAUCUCACUCCCAACCAUCGGGGGCAGCCAAGCACUGACUCUACCUUUGAUUUCCACCACCGUGUUUCCCAUGACCCAGGAUCGCCUGUCUGAGCCAUCUACUCCUCCAGCCGAUUCUGAAGAUCUGGAAAUCCUGCAGAUGGAGACCCUGCUUCAGUCCAUCAGUGCCUUCAGGAGCGACCCCAGCCCCGUCCCAGAAGAAGAGGAUGAACCUUCAGUCGACCGCACUGAGACGCCUGAGAAAUCACUUGCAAAGAACAAGAUACACAGCAGUGAAAAUGAGCUUGAAACAUUUUUGUCUGUCUUUGUUAAUGGGAAUGCGGAUGCCAAUGGGAACUUUAACAAUGGUAACAAUGGCGAUUCAGUCUUUGAGUAUGAACCGGAGAUGUUCAGCAUCAAGGGUGACUGGGCGGACAGAGAUAGCGGUGUUGAAGAGGGUCGUCUAUGCGAUUCGGACUUUGAAAUCUCCAAAAGCAAAAGCCACUCACAGGAGUCGCUCUCUCAAAUCACGGGAUCCCUGUUCUCUCUCGAACUCGACUUGGGCCCAUCCAUUUUGGAUGAUGUACUCAAUAUCAUGAAUAAGUCAGUUUCUUAGGAAGUGAUGUUUAUUGAGAACUAAAGGGAAUCUAUUUGUCAUGAGCCCAUUAACAUGACAUGCCAAUACUGAACUGAUGAGGCUGAAUUUUCUUUCCCAGAGUAAGUUUUUAGCCUUUAGCUUCGGAGUGUCUUGCACACCUUGUUUUGCAAAGUAAUGCGACUGAUACACAGCCGCUGUGCCUUUUAAGUUAAAUUUAAGCAUGCAUAGAUUUUGAUGUUGAACAUGCAGAUCAAAUGAGGCUUUUUCUGUGUACUGUUGCUCAUCUACAACAUCAAACAAAGCCUGUGUGAUAAUGUGUACAUUUCUGCAAACAUAUACGAUGUUCCCAUCACAAUGUCCUUCAUGUACAGAUAUAUUUAUACUGACAGUUUCAUUAACCACACUACCAAAUCUUAAAGGCAUAUACCUACAGCAUAUAUGUUUUUACGUUGUGAAGCUAAAUAUGAAAAAAA